AUGGUUUCUGGGUGCAGACAUGGAACCAGGAUAGCUACAUUAAGAUCCCCGCCCACCGCCUCCCCCCGCCAGCCUCCACGCGAAACUCCGCAGGAAACCGGAGGGGGCGGGGCGGUGACGUCACGACGCCGGUGCGUCACGGAACGGCGGCGGCUGCGGCGCUGGCGGCGGCUGCGGCAGCGGCGGCAUUUUAGUCGGCAGCGGCGGCGGCAGCGGCGCUGCUGCUCCUCCCAGCAUCCCUGGCGCGGCCAUUUCAGCCCCAUCUUGGCCGAGGGGCGGGAGCUGCAGCCGCCGCUUCAGCAGUUUGAGUCUCAGUUUCUCCGGGGUCUGCGGACCGGGCGCACCGAGGGGGAGCCGGAGCAGCCGCCUCACGCGCCGGAGCGCCUCCGCUCGCCGGCCCGCCGGCCGUCGCCCCUCACUCAGGAGCCGCGAGGGGAGGCCAAGCCCGCCCGCCCGCGGGGAGGCUCCCUGAGGGGAGGGCGAGCCGGCGUUCCCCUCCCCCGGAGCGGGCUUCCGCCAGGACGGCCGACAUGGCCCGGGGCUGAGCGCCGCCGGAGCCCGCAGCCCUGCCUGCUCGCCUCAGCGUCCCGAGCCCGGGCUGACGCCGGCGCCGCCCCUCACGCCGCCGCCCUCCCGCUCCACCCCCGCCGGGCCUGCGGGCCGCGCGAGGCCGGGGAGUGCCCCCGGCGGCCCGGGGACGGCCGGAGGACGCCGCCCGCCCCUGGGGUCGCGCUCGCGCCGCCGCCGAGGGCCUCGCUGAGGCGCCGCGGCCGCGGAGGCGCCGCGGAAGGAGCAGCGGCGGGCUCCUCCGCCGCGCCCGGGCCCGCGGCCCCUGCGCCGCCCCCCGCCGCGUGCAGCUCCCGGUUCCGCGUGAUCAAGCUGGACCACGGCAGCGGGGAGCCGUACCGGCGCGGCCGGUGGACGUGCAUGGAGUACUACGAGCGCGACUCGGACAGCAGCGUCCUGACCCGCUCCGGGGACUGCAUUCGGCACAGCAGUACUUUCGAGCAGACCGCGGAGCGGGACAGCGGCCUGGGCGCCACCGGAGGCUCGGUGGUGGUGGUGGUGGCCUCCAUGCAGGGGGCGCACGGGCCCGACUCGGGAACUGACAGCUCGCUGACUGCUGUGUCACAGCUGCCCCCGUCGGAGAAGAUGGGCCAGCCCGCCGCGGCCCCGCCGCAGAGCUUUGGCGUGGGGCAGCCGCCGCCGCCCGUAGGUGGGGCUGUGGCUCCGGGCUCGGCUCCGCCGCCGCCGCUGAUGGCCGCCCUGCAGCCCAGCCAGCUCCAGGGGAGCGGGCCCGCUGUCGGCCCUCCGGGGCCCGGGGGCCAGGCGCUGCCGCCUGUCGCCCUGGCGCAGCCCGGCCUGGCGGUCGGCGCUCCUGCCCCGCAGCCGCCGCCGCCCUUCGCGUACCCCCAGCCUCAGCUGCCGCCGCCGCACCUGCUGCCCGGCGCGCCCUCCGGCCAGAGUGAGUACCUGCAGCAGCACGUGGUCGGCCUGCAGCCGCCCAGCCCCGCGCAGCCCUCGGCCGCCGGCGUCAGCCCCGCCGCGGCGGCCAGCCUUCCCGUGGGCCCGGGCCAGAGUGCCGCCUCGGCCGGCGCGCAGGUGAUGGGCGCGCCCACCCUGCCCGGGGACGCCGUGGCUCCGGGGCCGGGACCCUCGCAGGGCGGCCAGGCCGCGCCGGGCCAGCCGGCCGGAGGACCCCCCGCUGCCGUGGGAGGCGCGGGGCCGCCCCUGUCCGCCCCGCAGCCGCAGAUGGGCGGCGGCGGGGUGCCGCCAGCCGGGCCCAGUGGCCCUCUCGCCGUGGUGCCCGGAGUUCCAAACGUGCCUGCAGCCGUGCCCGCUCCAAGCGUGCCUAGUGUGUCUACCACCUCUGUUACUAUGCCAAAUGUCCCCGCGCCUCUGGUCCAGUCGCAGCAGCUGAGCAGCCACACGCCAGUCAGCAGGAGCGGCGGCAGCAUCCCGCAUGUGGGGCUGCCCGUGGCGCAGGGCACAGCCAGUGCACCAACGAGUCUACCACAGCCUGACCUAAGCCAGUUUCAGACUCACACCCAGCCUCUAGUGGGGCAGAUUGACGAUACCAGAAGAAAAUCCGAACCCCUACCUCAACCGCCACUUUCCAUCGCUGCUGAAACUAAGCCUGUUGUGAAGCCUCCUGUUGCAGAUGCCCUGGCAAACCCCCUGCAGUUAACACCCAUGAACAGCCUCACCACCUCUGUGUUCAGCAUAGCUAUUCCUGUUGAUGGUGAUGAAGACAGGAAUCCUUCAACUGCUUUCUACCAAGCGUUCCAUUUGAACACGUUUCAGGAAUCAAAGAACCUCUGGGAUAGUGCAUCUGGGGGAGGUGGUGUAGCCAUUGACAACAAAAUAGAACAAGCAAUGGAUCUGGUGAAAAGCCAUUUGAUGUAUGCAGUAAGAGAAGAAGUGGAAGUUCUAAAGGAACAAAUAAAAGAAUUAGUUGAAAGAAACUCUUUACUUGAACGAGAAAAUGCACUGUUAAAAUCUCUUUCAAACAGUGAUCAGUUAUCCCAACUCCCAGCCCAACAGGCCAAUCCUGGUAGCACUUCUCAACAGCAAGCAGUGAUAGCACAGCCUCCACAGCCAGCGCAACCUCCACAGCAGCCGAAUGUCUCCUCAGCAUAAAGCUUUCUUGCCUCAUUAAGACAAAACUGAAAGCAAUCUAUCCUUGUGUGCCACUGGUGUUCUUUCCACUUUAUAUGAAAGCAAGUAGCCAUGCUUUGGUUGUGUGUUUGGCCUUUUCAGUAUUAGACAAUCAUUCUACAAGAGCUUUUCCUCUCUUUGAGAUGUUAUGCAGCGCUGUUGAUGUCCAGUUCUAUGUCAUCAGUACACAAGGAGAAUAAUAGAUGGGGUUUGUUAAAGCGAGCAAAGUCUGCAUUUUACCUGGUGGGCAUGAGUGGGGUCUUUGAAGAGCUUUGGUGGCUCUCCCGUGUUUCCCAUUAUCCCUGGAUUUACCCUGAGCCUUCCUAUCACAUUAUAAAUAACAGUUCAUCUAAAGAGCCACUUUUCUUUCAAUAUCAGUAACAUUUGCCUACAUAAGUUUUCAUUUAUUUGUGUUUUAUUUAUUACAGGGCUGCUAUUUUCAUAAUGUACAUGAACAAUGUCACAGAACUUUUUAGAUUUUUUUGAAUAAUUAUAAGUAUCAGUAAAGGAAUUGAAAGACAGGAUUACAUUUAAUAGAUAAAACGUUUAGGCAAUAAUUGAACAAAAGAAUCCUGGCAUAUUUCUAACACUAAUGGCAAUUUACCUUUGGUAUUUAUUUUCAGUAGUAAAGACCCAGCUUGAAUGUAAAUUUUGUAUAGUGUAAGUAUGAAGAACAUAGUGCAACUGUACAGGUAGUCACCAGUUAUUGUGAUAUAAUAAAUAAUUGGGCUAUUUUGAUGAAGAAAACUUUGUUCAUUUGUUUCUACUUUCUAAUAGAGAAAUUGCCACGAUUCCUCUGCUUUUCAACAUUUCGUAUGACUUUUUUUUUUUUCGGGUGGGAAUAAAAAGCUGUGAAAUUGUUCAACCUACUUUGUAACCAAAGAAGCAAAGCUGUGUAAUGGAGUUUUUUUUUUUUAUAAUGCACAUUCUUUAUGUAUUUUUAUUUAGUGUUUUCUCGGUCACAAUUUUCUUUGCUGUCUAGCAUGAUCUGCAUGACCUAUAAUCUUUGAACCACUUUCGUACCUCAUGUUUUUAUCCAGCACUCUUAUUGUAAUACGUACUAGUCUGUGAACAACGUCGAAUAAAAAGAACGAGCAGGUAGUAUGGUGGAGCUGCGCUAGUGUGCUAUGCGCUAGUUGUUAAAAAAAAAAAAAAAAAAAUGAAGUGAGCCAUCUUUUGUUCAUUUAAAAUGGUGUUUUGAAUUUCGUAUGCAGAAAACGUUUUGUUACAUUGCAGAUUUUAAUGUAUUUAAUAAAUGCAACAUGCAGAUUAAGUGCAGUGUAUACUGAGUAUUUAAAUUAAAAUGUACAUUUCAUAAAUACAGUUUCAGGAGAGAGCAUCAUUUUGUGUAUACUAACACAUUAAGUGUAUGUCAGAAAUUGAUGUAUAAAUAUAUAUUUUAACACAUUUUCUGAAAUUAAACUGCAGUUUUGUUGAAAUA